AUGUACGACAACCGUUGCAGCACAGUGAGUAAGAAUGGGCGGGGCGAGUUGCGAGCCGCUUAUAUAACACGCUGCCAGCCGGGACAGUUCAACAAACAGCUCCCUGCUGAUCUCAAAGAUUCAUCUGAAGAUACCGCUAAUAAAGCACCGAGCAUCAUGUAUCACCUCUUGGGAACUCCUGUCAUUGAGAUGAGUGAGGAGCAGGACAUGAAGACGUGGUUCAGGAAGCAGGAAACUCAGCCCUCGACCAUGCCCAUCCUGGUGGCUGCUGUGCACCACAAUCCAGUCUACUACAUGCCUGUCCCACACCAGCCGUCACCCUACCCUGCACCAAAGAGGAGCAACAGCUUGAACCUCCCACGCACCUACUCUGCCUACCCGCACUCCCGCAGCCUCUCCCUGUGAUGAGACGCUACGAGUACGCUGAGCCUGGCAGGGCAUCAAGACAUCCAGCCAGCGUCACGCCAACUUAUGACACUCUGGUCAAGGUGGGGUGUGUCAUGAAGCGGCUGCCAAUCUGCUGCGCCUCGCUAACGAGUUGCAAAACAGGGGCGUCUGGCACUCCUGCGUGAGAAGUGCCAAGAGUUCGCACCGGCUUCCUGUGCUCCAGAAAUGGCUGUGCUCAACCUGCUGCUAUUGCUGCUGCUGUUACUGCUACUGCUGCAUUAAUCUGCUGUUGUUACUGUGUUGUGUAUGUGCAUCAACCUUCCAUGAAUGCUACCUGUGGGUUUGAGUGUGUCAGUACUUAUCUGUAUAUAGGUAUCUGCAUGAGCAGUCAACACGGUCUAUUGUACCUGAAUUGAGUGGAAUCGAAUUAUGUGUCUCCUACGAGAAACUAUUUAAUGUUGAAUCUAGUCGUACAAAAUAAAGACGUGUACUUUGUUACACUUUAAAUAAC